AUGCCGGUGCCAGACGACGACACUAUGAUCUCUUUGGGCCCAUCUUCGAUACCUUUCAUCGUAUCAUUCAAUGACGGCAGGGUCGACACAGCCACGAGGAAGUUCAUCCGCAGUCAUGCUAUGCGAGGACGAAAGCAACUUCGCAUUCGGCCUAAAAGGAACGUUCUGGUACACGGCUACGAUAUGACUGCUGGCAGCGUGAAGGCACCGCCAGUCAACUUUCAAGACAUCACCCGCUUAUACGUGCCGCCGACGAGGCGCAUUGGUGCGGACCUCUCGUUUCUGGCGUCUCCAGAAGACCUGGACCCAUUUAUCCUGACAAAUAUCAUCAAAGUCUCACCAAUAGCGCAGAAGAUUGUGUAUCCGCUCAUAACGGCGAUCGGCAACCAAGUGGACAAUCGUGGAUGGAUCAAUCUAUGCACAACAGACGCUGCUGCCCUCCAUAUCACUGCUUUCUCCAUAGAAGUUUUCGUCGACUUGUUUCUUCGCCGACGAGAGCAGGCUAACCCUGCGGCCAUGGUCCACUUCCAGAAAGGACUCGGCCUAGUCAGUGAGAGACUCUCGGGCGACGAUGCGAUGCUGAACACCACCGAUGCGACAAUUGGCGUGGUACUCAAGCUGGCAACUUCUGCACACUUCGCUGGAGACCAUGAAGCAGAGAGGCAGCACAUGAUUGGAGUUCGGAAGAUGGUGGAUUGGAGAGGCGGACUGGGUGGAUUCAGAAAUAACCACCUCUUGUUUGAGAUGCUGAGGUGCGACCUCGUUCUUGCGGUGUUCAGUACCUCGAAAGCGGUCUUCUUCCGCCAGCCUCUCGAACCAAUACCCCCCUUUCCAUUCGAUGCUUUGCCAGAGUUCAGCGACACAGCGCAAACCCGAGACACUCUGGAGCUUGCUGGACUGAUAGAUACAGACCUAGCUGGGGCUUGGUCAAUCAUGAGGAGAUUCGGCUUGCUGGUCAAUCUGGGUGCGCAAGUCCAGCGGCUCGUUUCAACAAAGGUCAUCAACGAGACGAUGACAUCUGUGGUGUAUCAUUUGCUCUACAUGCGUUAUUCUUGCCGCUCAUUGAAUGAGGGUCUCCGGCUGAUUCUGUUGGCUUAUUGUUACCAUGUCUUCCUUCAAUGGCGGGACGUCAAGUUGCCGUGUCCGCACUUGCAGAACGCCUUCAGAGAAGGCACCUUGGCGUUGCAGCAGAAUGGCGAGGUAUCGCCCCGUUUCAUGCUAUGGAUGCUGAUGGUAGGAGCAGUUACGAUCUUCGAUGUUCGAGAGGAAGAAUGGUUGAGUGCUAUGCUGCAUCACCACGCUCGUAGCCAGCAGAGAUCAUGGACCGAGGUGCAAGGCAUAUUGAAAUCCUUUUUGUGGAUACCGUUGCUGGAUGAAGAGGCAGCAAGGUCGAUCUGGGCAAGGCUUGACUAA